UUAAAGUUUACUAUAUAAGUUCUACUUUUUUUAUUUGGUUAGUUUUAAACAGUGCCAUGGUAAAACUAUUUAAACUAAAAAUUAAAAAAGUUUAUACUUCAUACAAAGUUUCAUGUAGUUUAUCAUUAAUAUCUACACUUUAAAAUGUCUUUUAGCAGAAGUGUGGUUAAGAUGUCUGCCGGGUGGAAAAAUAUCAAGUACAGACAGGACAUGCCUCCUCCUGGAGGUUAUGGCGCUGUGCCAUACAAAAGAAACUUGCCUGUGCGAGGGCUAGGUGGUUUUGCACUGUUUGGCUUAGGAAUCGGCCUAUCGGCAAUUGGAGUCAAAAUGCUGUGGGAAAGGAAAGUUCUAGAAGAAUUUACGAACCAAGAAAGUCACCAAGCGGAGUUGGUCUACUAUCCUCUUCUUCAAGCUGAAAAGGAUCGCACUGAGCUCCGGCUCCAUAAAGAGAAGAUUGAAUCCGAGGCUCUGAACAUUGUGGGGACAGGGUUUGACCCAACAUAUGAACCAGGAAUGGGUAAUGUUUAUCACACCCCAGUGUAUGAACCUCCUCUCAUGGAAUCGCUCUCUCCAUUCUGGCAGUCUAUUAGACUAUGGUAUCAGCCACCAAACAUUGAGAAGCUAGGACCUUAAGUUUUUUCUUUACUGUGUGUAUUGAAUUCUUGUAUUUAUUUAAAGUACUGCAACAAUUUGGAAAUGUUUAGAUUUUCUUAUCAAAUUACGAAUAAUACAAAAAUUUAUGAGUGAAAAUAGUUCAUUUGUGGUGACUUUAUAAACGUUGAUAUGUAAUGAAACUUUAUGUUUUGCAACUAUUAG